CCGAAAUCCUUUCCGGCAGGGUAAGAGUUCGAUAUGUUGUCUGUAAUCCCAUGAAAUCCGUAUAUGGAUCCAGGUGCAUCAUACGAAAAAGAUAAGUAGUUCUUUUAACAAGACCGGAGUUGCAACAAAAGCCUGAAACUAUAGCUAAGUCAGAUUUUGUUGUCAUAUAAACAGAAAAUACCUUAUUUUUUAAUUGCACCGCUUUAUAAACAGGGAUUCUCAGAUAGAAACGCAUUUUACGUCUGAUUUUUUAAAUAACCAUUCAAAAAACUACCUUUCAAAUGACCGUGGAUGGAUUUGGGUUUAUAAAGCUAAAACGACUCCCGUUUUAUACAGACACGUCUGACUAUACAUUUACGGUUCUUAUAUCCUUUUAUUUGGCUGCUGUGAUUAAACCGUUUCCUUCUCUGCAGUCAUUUCCUGAUCAUUUGUUUCAAUAACGUUUUGAGUGUUUUGCUCAUCUUAUUGCUCCCCAUUUAUUUCAAUUAAUAAAUAAUAUGACGCGUUGAAAAAGGAAACGCGGACAUAAAAUAUUUAAAAUAUCUGCUGUUUCUACUGUGGCAAAAUAUUUCCUAAUGUUUUUUUAAUGAAACAUUGAACUUCAUUUAAACGAAAUUAAAAGCUAAAAGCUAAAUUCUCGAUUAGAUUGUCUGGACAUGGCUGAGAAAUUUAACGUUACCCGGGAAACUUUGAACAGACUCCUGUCGCUUUACAACUUGUCCCGCCGGGAGUUUAUCAACCUCUACGGCCUCCAGCCGCUUGUUUACGUGCCCGAGCUCCCACGCGUGGCCAAGCUGCUGUUCGUGGCUCUGUACGCCGUCAUCUUCGCUCUCGCGCUGGCCGGAAACACCUUGGUGGUCUUCGUCAUCGUGCGCAGAAAGUGCAUGAGAACGGCCACCAACCUCUUCCUCUGCUCGCUGGCCUGCAGCGACCUGCUGGUGACCUUCUUCUGCAUCCCCUUCACCCUUCUGCAACACGUGUCCUCCGAGUGGUUGGGCGGCCAGCUGGGCUGCAAGGUGUUGCCAUGUGUGCAACUGGUUGCCGUGGUAUCCAGCACUCUCACGCUCACCUGCAUCGCCAUGGAGAGGUACCAGGGCAUCGUCCACCCGCUGAGGAAAAAAGGGCAGUACACCAGCCGCCGGGCCUGCAGAAUGCUGGGAGUGGUGUGGACUGUUUCAGCCAUUGUUGGGUCGCCAAUGCUGUAUGUGCAGACUCUGAAGGCAGAGUAUGAUUUCCUGUUUGACCGUCACCACGUCUCCUGUCUGGAGAGCUGGCCUGACCUCUCUCUGAGGCGCAGUUAUGCCCUGUUCCUGCUGGUGGCGCUGUUCCUGCUACCUUUGGGCUCCAUGCUGCUCCUGUACUCCCGGAUCGGGUUUGAACUGUGGGUCCGCAGACGUGUGGGUGACUCCUCAUCUCUCAAUUCCUUCCACCGCCACGACAACGGCAAGAGCUGCAGGAGGAAGAAGCGUGCCGUGUUGAUGAUGGUGAUGGUGGUGCUGCUCUUCGCUGCCUGCUGGGCACCCUUCCACAUUGUGCACAUGCUCUUUGAGUAUGAUGUGCUGGCGGACUGGUGCGACGAGGUGACGGAGAAGAUGUGGCUGGCUGUGGUGCAGGCCGUGGCCUUCUCGCACUCCUUCAACAACCCGGUCCUGUACGCCUUCAUGAGCCGUGACUUCCGCCAGAGCUUCGCCUCCCUGCUGCCUCGCCCCCACCGCACCCACCCGACCAGCCACUGAGAGAGCCACCCCCCCCGUCUGCAGAGGACUGAGGCAGCACACCGGGCUCGGUCAGCUAGCAUCUGGAAACCGCAGGGCUCCUCACCCUCCUCUGCAUUGCAGACACCUGACUUGUAAUGUCAAAGGCAUUUGACGAAUUAUCAGCCACAUACGUAAGAAAGUGAGUGGAGCAGAAUUCUGCAAUCUAAAGUGCAUGAUGAGUAGCUUAGUGCUUCCAGACCUACAAGCAAGACAAAAUGUAUAUUGCUUUGCAUCGCAUGAAAGAUACUAACAUUAGAAAGAAAGUCAGCCUGAUUUAAAUAUGGCUUUAUCCUCAACACUAAAACAAGACCCCAGGCAGUUGAAGGUCCUGUUGAAAAUGAAAGAAAUGAAAACUAAGAGCUGGCGUACAUAGAUCGGACCGUCACAGAUACUCCUUUGCACAGAAAAAAGUGGACAUUUGGAACCAACUUCCAGGCCAAGCAGCUGAAAGUGAAGACCUAGGAUCUGUCACAAAAUGGCUGGAUGAAGCUGAGAGAUCAACAUACCUGAACAACAAAGCAACCAAGAUAGUCUCUUAUUUCCAAACUCUAAGAUAGGUCAAUACAGGCCUACUCAUUCAGAGAGAACAACUGUUUCUAUAUUAACACUGAGCCAUUAUUCUAUACAUAACAGCUUCUACAAUUAUUCUUCUACAUAGUUCACCACUGUGCAAAUACAGUAACUGUGAGGCAUCUGACACAGAGGAAACGAAAUCUGAGUGUUUUAUAUGACUGACUUAUUGGACAUAAUUUGAAAUGGUGGUCCAACAAGAAGGUUACUUUAAAAUGUCUUUUUAUCCCAGCUCUCAAUAAACAAAAAAACUUAACACAAGCCCAUUAAUGUUGAGAUGUUCAUUUGUUGCUUGUGUUCUGAUUCACACACCGGGCUCUAUACCUGAAGCACUAUUUUAAUUAAGUCUCAACUCAAAGCAACACUGGGUUUUAAGUCCUUCCUUUUAAUUUCCCACUGGAUGCAUUUCAGAAAGCCUUAACUGUGAGCUGUCGCUACCAGGCAAGGCUUUCUGUUUAAUCUAUUGAUCUGGUAUCAAUAAAACUAUUAACAUGAUUUUACUCAUCUGCUUCUGGCUCAUCAAAAAACGAUUCUUCAUUUGUGCAUUUCAUCUCCAUUAGAGAGACUGAACUUCAAGCCUUCACAAAUAUAUGCUUGUUUGCCACAUUAAGAUUUGGCAUUUGCUAUCUAUUCUCACUCUCUGCUUUGGAACUGAAUUGACAAUGCUUAAGGAGCUGUGAACCUGAGAUAAGGACUUGCUGAAGUCCAGUAUUCUGAGCC